AUGCCUCCUCCACCUCCUCCACCCCCUCCGCCGCCGCCUGGUGGUAUGGGCGGUCCUCCUCUUCCGCCUCCACCUCCCCCAGGGGGCCUUCCUGGACGUCCACCAGCAGGAGCAGGUAACAGAGGCGCUCUUCUGACAGAUAUUCACAAAGGCAGAGCACUCAAGAAAGCUGUCACCAACGAUCGUUCAGCACCCGUAGUUGGGAAAGUGUCCGACUCCUCCGCCGGCCCCCCUAUUGGCGGCGCACCUCCUGUUCCAAAAAUCGGUGGUGCUCCUCCUGUUCCCGGCCUGGCACCGUCAGUUCCUGGAAGUCGGGCAAGGAGUAACAGCGACCAAGGAUCUCGCGACUCAGCCGCAACUACAGAUGCCGUGCCGCAGUUGGGUGGAUUAUUCGCGGGGGGAAUGCCCAAGUUGAAGAAGAGAGGAGGAGGUGUAGAUACAGGCGCCCAAUCCGAGUCUUCUUAUCGAUCCGAUUCUGAAAUCAUCUCCUCCGCGCCCAGGCCUCCUGCUGCGUCUGCGCCGAGACCGCCUUCAGCUGCUGCACCAGCAAUCCCUGGACGCGGACCUCCAGUGCUGCCUCCAGGAGGAGCAGCAGGCUUCAGGAAGACAACGCCGAUGGGAUCCAAACCUCCGCCUCCCCCUAUAGGAAAGAAGCCGCCUCCACUGCCGACAUCGCGGAAGCCCUCAUCUAUGUCGCUGCCACCCUCCGCAUCUUCGCCGAACUUGGUACCUUCGGCACCCCCUCCUCCACCACCUCCAAGUCACGCACCGGCCGCUCCUCCUCCACCUCCUCCAUCUGCGGCACCACCACCUCCUAGUCAAUCCCCAGGAUCUCGGUCUUCGGUACCACCGCCGCCUCCUCCACCCGGAGCAAACCAUGCGACAUCAUCUCUUGCUGCGCAAGCUACCCUUCGUGCUGCUGGUCAAGCAUCACCAAAUGCUGCACCUCCUCCCCCUCCAGCAAGCGCGCCUUCGCCUCCACCACCAACGACACGUUCCCGAGGCUCCUCUCUUCGCCAUUCCAUGUUGGAUCCAAGCAUGUUCACUUUGACAGCAAACGGAGGAAAGUCACCAAGCCCCACGCAUUCGCCUUCGCAAGCACCUGGCGGGGGACACAUUGAGAUCAAUGACCCCAGGUGGCAGUUCAAGGAUGAAGGUCUGUUCCCAAAGCCCAGAGAUUUCGUAGGGGGAACAAGAAGAUACCGGGCAGGAAGAGGAAGUAGUAUUCCCUUGGAUCUGAGUGCCCUCUGA